UUUGCAAGACGCUAACUGCUUCGGACACAAGCACUCAUGGUGGAUUUUCAGUUCUUAGGAGGCAUGCAGACGAAUGUCUACCUCCACUGGAUAUGUCUCAGAAUCACCAUGGCAGGAAUUAGUUGCCAAAGAUCUUCAUGCGAACGAGUGGCAUUUCCGUCAUAUUUUUCGAGGGCAACCUAGGCGUCAUUUGCUCACAACACAGGUGAGCGUCUUUGUCAGAAAAAGACUUGUAGCUGGUGAUGCAUUUAUAUUUUUGAGAGGUGAGAAUGGUGAGUUGAGGGUUGGUGUAAGGCGAUUAAAGCAGCUGAGCAACAUGCCAUCGUCCGUCAUAUCGGGUCAUAGCAUGCAUCUUGGAGUUCUGGCUACUGUCCAUGCCAUUGCUACUGGAACCCUCUUUUCUAUAUUCUACAAGCCAAGAACAAGCCGAUCUGAGUUUGUCGACGUUAACAAAUAUCUUGAAGCCAAAAAUCGUAAGUAAUCUGUGGGCAUGAGGUUUAAGAUGAGAUUCGAGGGUGAUGAAGCUCCCUGA